UGUGCGCAGUGACCUCCCCUGGAUGUGUUAUAGUCUGCUAUUAUAUCGAGAAGAGCGAAGUGUCAUGGGGGCGUUCCAGAAAGACGUGGGAAUAAAGAGACACAGUUGAUAGAGAAUGUGUCGCACCAUUAAACGGGACCUUGCGUGAUGUUAAAGCCCACAGCACGAGACACAAAGACACAUUUCAAAGAGCGACACGAAACUAUGCAAGUCAACUAGUUAUGUCUAUAGACACAAGCAAAUCAAGUCAGCGUCUUGACUUAACUUGUGCAAUAACACAACAAUCUCAUGUCAACACGAUAAAUUGUUGUACCGAUGGGAAGAAAGUCGGGUUAAGUCAAGUUAGUCUGUGGUGGAACGCCGGGCUGAGCGCUGUGUAAACGUGGCUGUUUAUUUUGGGGGAGUAAUUUGAAAGAAGACCAGAUCGUCUGAAGAUUACGGGUCGCCGGAUCAGACAUUACAGUCAAGAUGCAGACGAGAGCGCUGAGUGAGUUGAAGUAGGUGAGGGUAGUGGAAGGCGGCGAGGAACCACCCCAGAUUUUUGGGCAUAGACAGAGUGAAAGCUGGCGGUUUCGUACAGGGGUAUCACCCGGAACAGCGCCAUUGUUUCCAUAGGUUUCUUAUUGAGGUGAACUGAGGUGUAAUUUGAUAAAAAGGACAAAGAAGAAAAACGAACGCUGCGGGAAGAGGGAUUAUCAUUCAGGCAUUGUUGGAAAUUUGAGAGUGAUUCACAUCAAUGUAGGUGCAGACGACGCAGAAAACGCAAUGAACAACGUUGUCCUUUUCAGCGCGUUUCUCGUGCUUCUUCACCUGUCGUCUGCUAGAGAGACUGGAGGAGAAUUGUCGUCUGCAAGGGAUGAGACGGUGAAGGAAAAAGAAUUUUGGCUAGAAGAAGAGGAUGUAGAGUCCAUGCAAGGAGACAGUCCAUGGAAAACGUUAACUUCUUGCCCAAAAGUCUGGGGACAGGCCGCUAGAGGGCCCUGCCAAGCAAGACAAUGCCGACUGGAUACCGAGUGUGGACAGUUUAGUCAGAAAUGCUGUUUCAACGGUUGUGUGCGUACUUGUAUGUACGUGACUCCACCUAUCGUUGUAGACUGGGUGAAAGCGCCGAGGAAACAGAAGAACACGGGAACAGGGCUCUCGUGGCUUGUGCCGACCAUGGAGGACGAGCAGGAACCGGAAGAAGAGCCUUGCAGUACGUCCGUGACGGGAGACGAGGAGCCCCUUCUCUGCCCUCACGGCUUUGUGUGUCAUAUCGUGGAGGCUGGAAACCCAGACAAAGGGGUGCCCAACAGUGGAGUGUGUAAAAAAAUUGACAGAAAAGACCGACCAACCUCUAAUCACCACCACCACCGUGGACACGGAAAGUGCAGUAUUAACGGGGACAAUUAUCACCACGGCGAUUCCUUCUUCUACCAAACGUAUAAAUGUACGUGUCGCCAUGGAAGAAUUCAGUGCGAGGAACAGAAAUAAAGUAUCGGAAAAGACGUCACUCUUGCCCACCAAGCUGUCACGUGGGUUUUAAAGCGUGGUGAGCGGACUUUGAAAUACUUGAAGCAAACGUUACUUGUCCAGAGGAAAUGAAAUAUAUUUAUUGAAGUGACUUUUUUGACUGAUUGAUACUCAGACAAUGCAGCGUAUAGGUUGUUGUUCAUUUAAGUAGAUUUUAUAUAUUAAAACACCCAUGACGGCACCAAGAUAAACCGUUACAAGGCACCUGUGAAUACGCCUUCUGCGAAACCCAGGAU